ACAAAAGGUGCGGGAGCCUCAGUGCGGCAGGAAAACCGCAACACGGCACCGAGGGCUUGACCAGGAGAGAGAGACACUGAGAACACAUCUGGUGUCAACACAACAACACGCGGACAUGACGGACGGGACGCGUGUGUCUCCGCAGACUCCACAGAAUGGAAGUGAAUCUGUUUCCAUGCAGCUUUUCCUCUGAAGCCCCGGGGAACGUCCCCCGGCUCGGUCCGUGUCUUCUUCUGGCGCAGGGAGCAGAAUGGAUGAGGGGAGAAAAGACACAAUGACGAGCGACUCGUUGUGUCAACGAGACUGAGAAACACGCAAACAGAAGAAAACACGUUUUCACGAGGAGCCCGUGGAGGGGGAAACUGUGCGUGAAGCCGCCGCAUCUCUCCACUCAUUGUUUCCCACGAAGAAAAACAGAUUCCAGCGGUGAGAUGCUCUGACGCGGCGCCGGAUUCACGGGAUCGUCGCGGUAAACAAACCCGGGACAGAGACAUGGGUGAAGUUCAGAGGAGCUCCGUGGCUCCGGCGGUGAAGUCCUUCGAGCACUACGACUUCUCCAGAGCCAAGAUCUGCUGCAGCCUCACGUGGCUGGUGGCCAAGGCGUACGGCACAGACAGUAUCCCAACAGACCUGAAGGAUCCCUUCUACAUAGACCAAUAUGAGCAAGAGCACCUGAAGCCUCCUGUGACCAGCCUCCUGCUGUCUGCCGACCUCUACUGCCGGGCCGGCAGCCUCAUCCUGAAGAGCGACGACUCCAAGCCCCCGCUGGGCCACGAGGCCGUGAUCCAGGCGCUGGCCCAGCGAGGACUCUACAUCCAGGACCAGGAGAGACUGGUCACCGAGAGAGACCUUCGAAAGAGGCCUCUGCAAAUGAGCGCCCACCUGGCGAUGAUCGACACUCUGAUGAUGGCGUACACGGUGGAGACUGUGAGUGCGGAGACGGUGAUGGCCUGUGUUUCUCAGUAUUUGCCCUGUAAGCCUGAGGUGGAAAUGCCAUAUGAUACGGAAGAUGCAGUGACCACCUGGAUCAACAAGGUGAAUGAAUAUCUGAAAGACACCGUGGCUCAGGAGCAGAGGAAGAAGGAGACGCAGAGUGAAGAGCCUGCUGGGAGUCCUCGGUCUCCAACCAAGUGGUACAUGAAGCUUGUGCCUGCCCGGUACAGGAAGGAGCAGGCCUCGACCCUGUCAGGCCCCUGGAUCCCCCCUGUGGACAACCUGCUGAAGGACAGCACAGACGGCUCGGCCCUGGGUGCUCUGCUGCACUUCUACUGCCCUCAGCUGCUUCCGCUGGAAGAUGUGUGUCUGAAGGAGAACAUGACUCUGGCCGAUCGGCUCUACAACCUGCAGCUCAUUCAGGACUUCUGCAAAGACAACCUGAACAGCUGCUGCCACUUCAGCCUGGAGGACAUGCUCUACGCCUCCUCCACCAUCAAGAAUAACUACCUGGUGUUCAUGGCAGAGCUGUUUUCGUGGUUCGAGGUGGUCAAGCCAUCUUUUGUGAAACCGAGACUGCUGGACAGCGAAGGCACAGAAGCAUUAUCCUUGUUGAAGAAUAUGCCAGCCAUCCCCAUUUCCAAGGCAACCAAGAGAAGCUUCCUUGAAAGACCCCCCAGUCCCGAAAGAGUCAGUUUGCCCCUCCGACCUCAGCCUAAAAACUCAGGAGACAUGAAGAGGUCGACCUCAAUGUCUUUUGUUGAUGGAAACCUCGGCACCUGGCCCAAAGAGAAGAGGUCUGGGCCUUACGGAGUGUCUUUUGACAUCCCCUUUGACAAAGAGGGCUCUGGUCCCACUUCUCUUUCCUCCACACGAGGCAUGGUCAGGUCUGUCAGCACCGACGACGGCUCUGGUUUCAAGGUCCACCACCUGCCCAGAGGAAUGAAGCGCAACUUGUCCUUCCAGCCAGUGAACGGUAAGAGCAUUGGCAUCGAGGAGGAGGGCUGCCCAGACAGCCUAGCUGGUGUGGAACCCAGCAGGCAAGCUUUUCCCAAUGGACAUGAGGGUGCCAUGGCAACAGCUCCCUCCAUGGAGGAGGCCCUUCAGAUUAUCCACAGUCCGAGCAGGCCCCCGGUGGAGGGUAUCAACAACGGUUUCUUCCUCCACAGUCAGGGACAGGGGGCCAGUGGCUUAGAGCCGGUGUCAGAGUUGGACUCCAAAGGACCCUUGAGCACCACAGACACCACAGAGGUCGACACAGGCAUCCAACUCCGAACAGAGGAUAUGCUAGACGAGGAUUCCUCUUUGAAAGACUGCUCCGUGAACAUGGAGCUGGAUAUGGACUCGCCGAGCCCAUGCCCGAGCAGCCAGAGCAAAUCCCCCUCAGGAAUGAAGCUGACCAACUUUGCCGAGCAGAAGUUUAAGAAGAUCAAUCCAUCGGCACCAGACUCAGGCAGGGGCAGCUGCAGCUCGCUCAAGAUGACGCCCGAGGGCUCAGAGUUUGGCCUCCCGUUAUCCGUCUCCUGGGCGCCGACCCCUGAGCACAGCCCCAUCCACCAACAGACCCCACCGCCUGUUACUGUCCGGGCAUCGCCCUCGCCUGUCCAGCUUCCACCCAAUGACCCCGCUCAAGUCAUUGCUACGGAGAUGGUGCAGCUGAGGAUGAGGCUGGAGGAGAAACGGAAAGCCAUCGAAGCGCAGAAGAAGAAAGUGGAGGCUGCUUUUACGAGGCAUCGGCAAAAGAUGGGUCACUCGGCGUUCCUCAAUGUGGUGAAGAGGAAAGGGGACGGGGCUGCGAGCGGUGAUGAAGGAGGGAAAGUGGAGGCAGAAGGCAAGGCAGCAAGUCCCGUCUUUAAAUUUGGGAGGAGCAAGGCCGACACACCCGACGGGGCGGAGCAAAGCAACACAGCCUCCUGUUGGACAAAGUCACCAGGAGCAGGAGAGGAGGGUGGACAAAGUCCGGCUCAGCUAACCGAAGUGGACCUCACAGAGUAUACACGGUCUAUCGAUAAACUCAACCACUCGCUAGCCUUCCUCCAGACCGAGAUGCAGCGACUGGCUCAACAGCAGGAAGUCAUCAUGGCCAUGAGGGAGCAACAGCAUCAGCAGGCGUGGGUCGUCGCUCCUCCAUUGACGAACCCCUCGCCACAAAAACACAGAGCUGUCACUCGAUCCUCAGGACCCUCCUCUCCUGCUGACUCCCCUCAUUCCACCCACCGCUCUCCAACCAGCAUCAAGCGCAAAUCUGCCUCCUUUCACUCACGCAAUCCUCGCACCCCGCGUCCCACCGAGCUCAAGCUGGCCCCCUACAACCGGGUCCUGACCGCCCCGCAAUCUGUCGACAGCAUCCCGAGGCUGCGGCGAUUUUCUCCCUGCCAGCCUUUGGCGAGUACCUUUGUUUACAUGGGGGAGAAACCGGCGCGUGCCAAUCCAGAGACAGUGGCCCCAGAUGGAGAGAAAAAUAAGGAGGCAGAUUUCCUCCUUUCCCCAGAGAGGGAGAUUGCCAGUACAUGUGUAGCCCACUCACCCCCUACCUCCCCCAACCUGCAGAACAAAAGAAAGCAAACAAAAGUAGAUUCAAACGCCAAUACCCAGGAGACGGAGGCACACAGCCAAUCCGAGAUCGCUGACAUGGAGAAAGAUGACCAGAAACCCGCUGUUCAGAAGUCAGCUGUAGAUGUUCUGGCCCACCCUGUGGUGGAGACCUUCACGGUGACACCUACUGAGAUCCCUCCCCAGCCAGAAGCCUCGGGUCAAGCAAAGAGCAACCUGAUCGAGGUUCCACUGUUUGUGGUGAAGCCGCUGGACGACCUGACACUGGAUGAUGGUUUGGAGAUGCAGCAGGGAGAUGUGGGCGGCCCAGAGGAGGAGCAGAGGAGGGGUCGCGGUUUCUUCUUCAAGGAGGAUGGGAAGGCCGAGGAGAACAUGGCUCAGAAGAGGGCGGCGCUGCUGGAGAAGAGGAUGAGGAGGGAGAAGGACAGUCAGCAGAAGAAGAUGCAGCUGGAGGCCGAGCUGGAGCAGAAGAAAGAGGAAGCUCGAUUGAAAGCAGAGGAGGAGCGUCUCAGGAAGGAGGAGGACAAGGCCAGGAGGGAGUUCAUCAAACAGGAGUAUCUCAGGAGGAAGCAGCUCAAGCUCAUGCAGGACAUGGACACCAUCAUCAAACCUCGACCAGGCGGCGGCACCAAGCAGCAGAGGCGGGGCCGGCCCAAGUCCAUCCAUCGCGACAGUGUGGACUCCCCCAAAACCCCCGUCAGAGCUGCCACAGGUUCACGCCAACGUGUCUUUUCAGUCUCCAGCUUGUCCCUGGCGUCGCUCACCCUGGGAGACGGCGACAGCGUUCAGUCUGAGAAGAGGACGCCGAGAAGUGCUAGUUUAGCCUCUGGCAGCCUCCUCCACUUUCUGAGCUCUCCUAAACUGAGAAGGAGAAGGCCAGACUCUGCAGAUGGCUUCCUGUCCCCGAGUCGCUCCAGCAGCAGAAACGGAGAGAAGGACUGGGAGAACGGAUCCACAACCUCCUCCAUUACAUCCAACACAGACUACACUGGACCGAAGCUCUACAAGGAGCCCAGUGCAAAGUCUAAUAAGCACAUUAUACAGAACGCCAUGGCCCACUGCUGCCUCGCAGGCAAGGUCAACGAGGGGCAGAAGAAUAAGAUCCUGGAGGAAAUGGAGAAGUCGGGGGCCAACAACUUCUUGGUGUUGUUCCGUGACGCUGGCUGCCAGUUCCGCUCACUCUACACCUACUGCCCCGAGUCAGAGGACAUGAACAAGCUGACAGGCAUCGGCCCUAAGAGCAUCACACGCAAGAUGAUCGACGGCCUCUACAAAUACAACUCGGACAAGAAGCAGUUCAGUCAGAUACCGGCCAAGACCAUGUCAGCCAGCGUGGACGCCGUGACAAUUCACAGCCACCUCUGGCAAACCAAGAAGCCACCCACCCCGAAAAAAGUAGUGCCUGCCCUGUCCUAAUCGAACAUCGCCGUUCCCCUUCUCAUAUGGAACAAACACAUUUCAAUUUGCACUUCACUGUACAUAUCCAUAAAGAUUCAAACACCUGCAAUGCCAGUUAGAUGAAUGCAUAUUUGUCUUGUUUUUACGUUUGUCUGUUUUUCCUCUCAUUGCAUUCCUGCCCUUGUUUCUUCCCCUUUACUCUGGACUGAUAAUGAUCAGACUCAAAGAUAAAGAACAACUGGAAUGUAUGCCACUGUCGGAGAAUGACGCUCUUCACUAGAGAUUGUCCCUGUACGAGUGUGGUCCUCGUUUCCUGUGUGCCAAACGUCAAAAAAAGAGACAUUAUGAAUGCCAGGACAUUUUACUGAAGCACUGAAUGUUUUAAAUUCAUGUACAGAUUGAUUUUGCAUUGAGUCGUGCAUUUUGCUGUUGAUGUGUGGCCUUAUGCUUGUUUUGUUUUUAGCGUGCGAGUGUAAUGAGGUGGUUGUAAAGCAUCGUAUUUAAACGGAUGUUUUUUUUGUAUUUGGAAGAAAACGUCUUCAUCUCAGUGGGCGAAACAGUUUGUAUAUUGAGGUACGUUAAACUACAAAGGGCCAAAAAGACAUAAAAUGCAUACAGCUAGCGUUAGCCACACGGUACAUGUGUGUUCAGCUCAACAAAGCAAAGCGGUUUCAGCUUUUUCUCAACCCUGUUCUUUGAGAAAGUGAUUUUCAAACCAUGCAGGACGUUACUCUGGAUGGUUCUAUUCUAGACUGGUUCUCAACCUGUGGGUUCGGACACCUGCAAACGAUCUGCGCUAUGAUACGUCUGUAAAAUAUUCUGUCAUGUCUCUUGUCAUUGUGAGGAAUUUCUUUUUUGUUGAGUAGUUGCAACCUCAAAACUUGUUCCAAUAAUUACAUAAAACUGUCUAACAGGGAUAAAUAACAGGAAAAAAUCCAUUGAGUGUCAGCGCUAACACUCACAGCAGUUGCCAAAAAAGGGUUGAGAACCAGUGUUGUAGAUCACUUUGCUGCUGGUCAACAGCAGGUUUGUGAAUAAAUAAAAAGAUCAGUAUUAUUUCCUUCUUUUAUAUUUUAUUUUGAAAUGCUUCCUUCUGCUCCAUGUAAGAACUUUGCAGUAUUUUAAGAUAGAGAUUUUAAGGCACUCCGUAGAGCGCAUACAUCCGCCAAGGCCCAACAGUCCUCUUAAAUUCAAUCAAGCUGCAUCAAAUUGUCCCACAACAGUCACAUUAAUAUGCCUGAAAAAGAAAGAAAAAACAGGAAAUUUCGUAAUGUCAAGAAAGUAAAAAAAAACAUCCCUGGAUCUGCACUAAAAUUUAAUGGGUUCUUCUCUGAUGCAUACCGCAUCCUUCCACAAAGUUUCUUGGUAAUCCGCACAGUAGUUUUUGCGUAAUCUUGUUCACAAAGCAACAAACUAAAAACAUAACCUUGGCAGAGGUAAUCACACUCUGGUAUCACUACCAGUAUGACUUAAUGACACAAAAGAAGUAUUUCUCUUUAUAUCAGGGUUCAAACUUAAAUUGUACAUUAACAGUAUUAAAUUCAAGAUUGCCAAACUACUUAAUCUUAUAAUAAUUAUCUUAUCAUUAUAAUUAUUAUAAUUCAUAAUUAAUAAUGGCAUACUAAUGUCAAGGCACUUCCGGACCACCAGGCACCAAAAUGAAGUGAAUGAUAGUUCAUUUAUACUCAGAGUUUACAUUUCUGAGUAGUUACAAGUCUGUUGCUGUGUUAUUCAAAAAGCCAGUCAUACAUCAGUUAGUUACUAAGUCAAGAUGGCCACACUGUUACAUUUUCAACACGUCUGUUGUUAUUACAUGAAUGUGUAUUAGCAGCAUCUGUCACUUAUAAAUGAAACAUGUCCUUAUAAAGGCAAGAAAUAUAUUCAAUUUCUUUUUUUCUAUAAACGGGAGGAUUCAUUUCACAUAAUAAUGCAAAGCAGAGGAGGUCCGGUCCUUCUUGUUGUAUAACGGGUACGAGACUCACCACAGAGUUUCACUGGUGUCGGUAUCAUGUUCCUUUUACCACUGAAUGUCAAAAUCAGCACCGUUCACAGGUAUGAUUUCCAACUAAUUAAAUCUGCCAUCAUGGUGCUUUGCUUUGAGCUAUAAAGAGGGGGGGUGGGGGGUAUUUAUGACCAAAAGUGAACAUAUACAUGUUUUUGAAAAUGUAAAAAAAAAAUUGACAGAGUUGAAAAAGUGUUUCUGUGUUUAUCGGGAGAAUUUGUCCACAGAAAAUCUCUGUGCAGCUGCUUUUGGCUGUUUAAGGCCAAGAAAUGAAAAGGAUAAUUUAAAGUGUAAUGAUUCUGUACAGUGUGUUCAUGUUAGCUCAUUCACGAUGAUGACUUUGUUUCUGUCAGACGCUGCGACGUCAUUCAACAUAUUGCUGAACAUGUGGGAUUUUUUUUUUUUCUCAUUUACAUUUAAUAAAUUUAAGCAUGGCCUCAGCAUUUAUAUGGUU